CACUUAUCGGACACUUUCAACACUGUUCACCAUUACACCACUCGAAUGGGCUUGGCGCUAUCAUACCGCUCCCCACAUCGCAGCCGGGCUCUCACAUCACCGACAUCCCGACGUUCGAGCUCUGCUCCAGUGCAACGCGAUGUCUGCGCCAAUCGACCCCGCCUUGUUCUCUCCAUUCGAUGGGAAAGACAACGCGCAAUCGCAGCCGUAUACGUCGCAGCCCCAGCAGAACGUUGGCCAUCCAUACUAUCUACCUACGUCAGCGCCACUGCAGCAGCCUCCACAGCUGUCGCAACCUCCGCUAAGCAACAGCUUGGAUCCGGCGCUGCAGCAAACUUCGUCGCAUAUCCCUGAAGGCGACCACGAAGAGUAUGAACAAGAAGACGAGGGCGACCACGAAGGCACCCAUGCAACCCCAGGAUCUGCGAAAGACGCCGGCGACUUCAAGCGCCCACGAGCAUGCGACUCGUGCAGAGGACUGAAAGUGCGCUGCGAUCAAGAACGCCCAGAUGUGUCAUGUAGAAGAUGCGCAAAGGCCGGGCGGUCCUGUAUUACUACUCCACCAACAAGGAAGCGCCAAAAGAAAGCCGAUAGCCGUGUCGCCGAGCUGGAACGCAAGAUUGAUGCCUUGACAGCAACAUUGCAUGCGCAGAAAUCAGGAGCUCCGGAGAUCAGGCACCACGGAGGACUGCCACAACACGAUGGCAACACUCCUGCCACAGCGAUGCCUGAGGGCUCUUUCCGGAUGGGUACUCUCAGUCACGAAUGGUCCAGCCCCGUCCCCGCUCAGAGUGGCUACGCGAACAUUCCUGCAGGCUACGGGCCGGCGCAAAAUAUCCAGCGAGGGCCAGAGGCCAAGCGGAGAAAGGUAAACAAUGGACACGCCCACGCCACAAUACCUGAGGAUAUGGACGCGAUCCACCGUGAUCUGGCUGAACACCCUGAGAUGAGGCGCAACGGAAAGAGCCGCAUCCACGCUGAACAUUCACACAUCAACCCCCUGAUCGACUCACUCGUAAGCCCUGAGCUUGCGGAGCGUGUCUUCCUCCGAUACGUCAACGAGAUCUGCCCCCACUUCCCUGCCGUACCUUUUACUCCUGGAACUACAGCUCGAGAUGUUCGUGAGAAGAAGCCUUUGCUCUUCCUGUCGUUACUCGCUGGAUCAUCUCAUGGGAGCGCAGAACAGCUUGUUUCACAGGACGUGCAAUGUGAGCUGACAAAAAUGCUCAAGGAUCAGCUUGCAGACAUCAUCUGGCGUAACGGAGAGAAAUCCCUUGAAAUCGUGCAAGCUUUGCAGGUCGCCGUCUUGUGGUACCGACCUCCCUUACACUUCGAACAACACAACUUUUACAUGAUGGUCAACUGCGCCGCCGUGAUGGCACUAGACCUCGGACUUGGCCGGAAAGCAACACCGAACGUUAUGAAGCUAUCAAUCGGGCCAUUUCGAAGGUACCAUCCCAACUCAAGCAGCAUCGAAGCGCGUCGUACAUUCCUCGUAUGUUACUACCUCUGCAUGAGCAUCACAAUGGUGCUGCGACGGCCGAUCCUUCUUCGGUGGACAAAGUACAUGGAAGAGAGUGUCAAGAUUCUCGAAACCUCGCCAGAGGCAUAUCCCUCUGACAAGUUGCUGUGUCAGCAGGUGAAGAUGGCACGCAUUGGAGAGAACAUAUCGGUUCAGUUCUGUAUGGAUGAUCCAUCGAUUGAGGUCGCCAUAUCUGAGCCCAAAGUCAUCUACGCGCUCAAGAUCUUCGAAAAUGAGCUACAACAGCUAAAGGACGAGAAUGCCAAAAUGGGCGAGGUAGACCCUACCCUUCGACUGGGUGAACACGUAACGAAUCUCUUCCUUCAUGAGAUUGCACUGCACCAGAACCAGAGUGCCUCCGACCUACAACCGCCAUUCCCGCUCGAAGUUUUCUCGCCAGGUGCAGUCAAGAAAGAUGUGCCCAUAGGGCCAGCACACAUUGGUGCAUUAAGCGAAUGCCUCACCGCCACGCACGGUAUACUGGACACGAUCCUCAGCAUUGAGCUGGAUAUCCUCUUGACACUACCUGUCAUUUUUUGUGUGCGAGCCAUCUAUGCCAUCGUAUGUCUUAUGAAGAUGUGGGUGUCAGUAACAAGCUCUGGUGAGGUUAGUAGUAUCAUCAAGAAGGAAGACCUCCAAAUCGAGGUGUACCUUGAGCGAUUGGUCACCAUGUUCAACGCGAUCGUUUCUCGAGACGCGCAGUCGCCUCACGGGAAGUUCUACUUUGUGGCGAAGCGGUUGCAGGAGCGGUUUGCGCAGAUCAAAGAAGGCACCUCGAGAUCAGAGCAGGCGGACUCGAGCGAAGUGUCCCGACAACCUUCGAACGAUGGUCCUCAACCUCCUUCUCGACAAGCUUCGACAAAUCAGACACCUCUCCACCUGCUGUCUGAAGUUGCCAUGGGCAGCAGUAACUCUGGUUCCUCGCAGACGCAAUCGCACGUCCACAGCCGGUCUCAGCAACAAGCGCAAGCGGCGCUACAAGCUCAAUCACACGCCUCGCAGCAGUCUUUGCAGCAGAACUGGUAUCCCAGCAUCUCAGCACAGUCGCAUGCUCCCGAUAUGAUGGGCAUCCCGCAGCCCAACUUCGAUUUGAACUUCGACUUUACCCAGUUCGAUCUAGGGACAGGUUCCGAUGCAGACCUUUCGGCCCUCUUCAUACCAGACUCGAUGCAGUUGUGGAGUUACCCAGCGGAUCCGAACAUACAAGGUUACAGUGGGUUUUGAUCCCCCCUCGACGUACUUUCCGUGCAGUCUUUACUGUACAGCCAUCAGUUUCAGAGCGUUGCAAGCGUUUUAGCUACAGAGUACUUCAAUGGUCGAACGUAACAUCAGUUUCAUGAUCAGUUCAAUUGC